AUGGGGGCUAUGGAGCGCCCGGAGAUAGCCGGUGGGUUUGCCGAUUUCGAUGCUGGCCACCGGGAUCUGGUUACUGUCACCAAGUUCAACUUUUAUGGCAAUCGCAUUGUCACAGCCUCUUCUGAUCACCGCAUGAAAGUUUGGGAUCUGAAGGACGACCAGUGGCAAUUGACCGACACCUGGCGUGCCCAUGACGCGGAGAUUCGUGAUGCAACAUGGAACGGUCCAUUCACAGGCCAACAUAUUGCAAGUGUCGGAGAAGACAUGAAACUCAAGAUCUGGCAGGAAGACGUCACACAAUCACCCAAUUCAGGUCGGCGAUUUAGGUCUAUCUUUCGCAUGACCGCGCCCCAGCGUCAUCCAUUUGUAUCGCUGGACUUUCGCAAUAUUGAUCUAGAGUCAUGGAUGGCUGUGAUCACCCGCGAUGGCUACUUGAUGGUCAUGGAACCUGUCAGCCCAGAUAGUUUGGCAGACUGGCAAACGCUCGACCAGUUUCGCGUAUGCUCAGCACCCGAACGUGGAGAAGAAACAAGUUUCAAAGUCCAGUUUCACCAUGACCCCACCGAUAUCACCCACUCCAUACAACCGGACUCGGAUCGCAAGAGUCUAUCGCUAGUCGUUGCAGCAAUGGACUCUGUCAAGGUCUACCGUACCGAUGCCAGCCGACGUUUCUACCAUGCCAUUGAAUUGAACGGACAUGGCAGCUUGGUUAGAGAUAUUUCCUGGGCCAACGGUUCCGUACGAGGGUACGAUCUCAUCGCUAGUGGAGGCAAGGAUGGUCUGGUGCGAAUUUUCGAAGUUUAUACGACACCCAUCAAUCAAGGCUCUCAAACACCUGGUUCCCGGAAGGCUGAAAGGCGGCAGCAGCAAUCACCAUCCGUACGCGCUACAUCUCAGUCUGGAAUUGGAAAUGCUCUGGCAAACCAUGAUCCCGGGGCAGUGUCCAAUCGACAAGCCAGUGGAGACUCACUGUUUCGGCAUUCCUUCAAGCAAGUCGCCUGCUUAGAUAGUAGGCAUCUCGAUGUGUGGCAGGUUGAAUUUUCGUUCGCUGGUGAUUCGUUGAUAUCUUCCGGGGAUGACGGCGCGGUUCGAUUCUGGAAAAAGUCACUAGCUGGAGAGUGGCUAGAAUUCGCGGAGACCGACUUGGCAUCUCCAUAA